CAUCGUGCGUAGGGCCCCGAAAAGAAGCAUCGCUAGUUGGAUCCAGUUCCAGUGUACUAGUUUUGUGGCCUUUUUUUUAAUUUUCUGAUCACCGAGCCCUCCCUUCUGAGGAGUUAUUCACCAUUGGAUAGCGCAAACUGGACGUCCUGGUGGACGCUACGAUUGUCCCCGGGUAAUAGACGCCAGAGCUUAAGCAGGAGCUAAUGAGUGAAAAUUGAUUGGGUGCCAGGAGUAGAACUCCCCCCUGUCUGUCUGCUAGUGAAACGUCCAGUGUGUAUAUACAGUGCAAGAACAAAAUAAAGUGUUUACGGAAUCUUUUAUACGGAUCGAAUCUGCACGGCUCAAACGUGAACCGCUAUGGAGGCCUCAGCAAACGUAGUUGAUUCCACCGAGCGGCGGAAGUCGAACACAGAAUGUGAAGGGGCGGGAGAGGAAACACAAACAAAAAGCUCCGAAGAAACCAGCCAAACGUCAACCACCUCCCAAUCCGUGGUGGAUAACGACGACAAACCGCAGCAAUGUGCGAAUGAACCGAAGGAAUCUACCAAUGGUAAACCGUCUUCGGAGCACGCAACAGCAUCUUCAUCUUCCAAAGCAACGGCUGCACCGCCGAAAAGCAGAUCGUUCGAAAAAAUACCGAUCUUCGUGGUGGAAGAUCAUCACGAAGUGCUCACGUUCCUUUAUCGUUGCCUCGGCUCGAAGCAUUUACCACUGCAUGGCAAUCGGAUCGUGCAUUUUGACUCCCAUCCGGACAUGUGCAUCCCGAAGCACAUGCCGGCAAACUACGUGUUCAAUAAGGACGAUCUGCUGGAUAGUAUCAGCAUCGAGAACUGGCUCAUGCCAACCGUGUUCGCUGGACACGUGGAACGCAUCGUUUGGAUCAAACCACCAUGGUCGGAGCAGAUUCCGAAGGGCAAGUUUGAAUUCCACGUUGGUGAGUUUGAAGGUUCGAUACGGACGGACUCGACGUUGGAGUACUUCGUGUCGGAGGGGUGCUACCAACCGGAAGACAAGCUCGAGAACCGAAAGCGACUCCGGCUGGAAGUGUGCUCGGUCGAGGAGUAUUCAGUGUCCGAGGAUACGGAUUUAGCCCAGGGUUACAUUCUCGAUAUCGAUUUGGACUACUUCAGUACACACAAUCCCUUCCUGAAGAUCUACGAUCGGGUGCAGCUGUACGAGAAGCUGAAGGACAUAUUCGUUUCGCCCGAGCUGGCCGACGACGCGGAGAAUGAUCUCGAGAAGUUGCAGCGUGUGGCGCGCGAUCGCGAAGAGAAGCUCGAAUUUCUCGAGUCCAUCUUCCUAUACCUGGAGGAGGUGGGCAAUUUGAAGCAUUUUCUCGUGGACUAUCAGCAGGAAAUUAGCGAUGAGUAUGCGGGACUCUUGGAGAAGGUAACCACACUGGUGCGGACGUUGAAGCGCGAGUACAAGGAAGAGGAGAUCGACUGGUCGAUGAUUUAUGAUGCGGGCUGCACGUGUGACGUGACCGAUCUGCCGCAUCACGAGUCCAGCCAGGAGGAAAUCGAAACGAUGGUGGGCCAGCUAGAACGCUUCCUGGAGAAGCUCCCGUGUCCACCGGUCGUUAUAACGGUGUCACGAUCCAGCGAGGACGACUACACACCGGCCACACAGGUGGAAAUGAUACAGGAGAUGGUGCUGGCGGCGCUUACAAAGUGCCUGCGGGCGGAGCUAGAUACCCCGAUACUUCACUAUAAGGAUCAGAAAUUUACACUGUAAGGACAAUAAAACCAACACACACCCACACACCAAUGCCCCUUUCCCUCUUUAAGUUAACAACGAAA